AUGAAGGACACCGCAGCCCUCAUAGUCAUGAUCGGCAUCGCCAGCGCCGUCCUGGUUGGCGUGGCGGAUUGCACGGAUAACACAUCCGAAUCGUGCAACGGCCUGGACACCGUUUCCGUGACGCUUGACCCACUCGAUAAUUUGGAUCAGGACGUGCAGAAGCGCGACCCUAAGAAUGUCCACAGGCUAUUUUCUGAAAGCCGCCCCGGGUCCCGUCCUCUCAACCGCAUUGGCAAGAGCUUCGGGCAAGACGAUGCCGCCGACACCGAGCAAGUACGCAGCCAGCGCGAUCUCAACGACGACCUCGACAAGCGAGAUGACAAGAAGCCAGACGACAAGAAGCAGGAGGACUCUAACAAGUCGAUUCCGAACACGGGUAGCAAGGACAAGGGCGGCCCCGGAAAGAAGCUUCAAAACGCCAUCUGGAAGGACACCAAGAAAUCGGCUGCGAACAUGGCGGUGGCCCAGUCGGGCAUGCAGGGUUAUCUGUCGGUUGGCUUGGCUGUGAUUGUGGUUGUUGCUGGUCUCGAUGUCGUCGCGUUCUAG